AUGGCGACGAGCAGAAAUGGAGGAGAAGAGGAAGUGAGGCAAUUGGCAGCUGAACUCGGCAAAACCCUAAAAGAAGGGGAAAGAAUCCUUGCCCCAACUCGACGCCCAGACGGUUCCCUCCGCAAGCCCAUUCGAAUUCGGGCGGGUUAUACGCCUCAAGAUGAAGUCGCCAUUUAUCAAUCCAAAGGCGCUCUUUGGAAGAAGGAACUGGAGUCCACGCAGGAGGUGCCGCCCGGGUAUGAUCCUGCGGCGGUGGAAGCCAAACCUAAGUCCAAAUCGGCUAAAAGGAAUGAGAGAAAGAAAGAAAAACGUCAACAGGCUGCUCUUGACAAGGAUAAAAAUUUGGAGAACAAUGAUAUGUUACCUGCUGAAGAUUCAAAUGACAUUCAAGAAAAUGUGGAGUCAGUGGCACCCAAGAUGAAUGAACUCUCCCUUAGUGCAAGUACUCGUAUGGUCAUACCACCUUCAAAUUCAACAGCGUGUUCCGCUCCAGAGGAUCAGGUUCAAGAUAUUGAUAAAAAAAUUCGAGCACUGAAAAAGAAGAUUCGGCUUACUGAAGCUCAGCAGCAGAAAACAGUGGAGAAAGAUGUACAGCCAGAACAAUUAGAGAAGAUAGCCAAAUUAGAAGGUUGGCGCAAUGAGUUGAAGCUAUUGGAAGAUGAGAAAGCUGAAUCGACAACAUCACUUUCAUGA